AUGUGGAAGAUAACCAAACGAAAACAUAUAGAAAAUGAUGCAGGAAAACUAGAUGUUUUUUCUGCAUUAUGUGACAAGCAUCCUAAGCAUGCUAUAGAAAUGUUUUGUGUGGAUUGUGACAAAGUGUGUUGUCUAAUUUGCCAGGCAACAGAGCAUAAUAGUGGAGAUCAUAAGAAGAUACAGACAAUUGAAGUAGCAGCUACUAACUGCGUUGAAACUAAGGAGUUUGCAGAGUAUGAAGAAAAACUUUCUACUAUUCUUAGACGUGAAAAUGAAACAUUGUCAGAUAAUUACAAAAUGGAAACAAUAACAGCUCAUUUUAAACAAGAGGCAGAAUCUUUGAUUAAGACGUAUCAACAGGACUUGAUAAAUCUGAUUGAAAAACAUUACAAGCAAUUAUAUAAGAGGAUUCGGCUCAAGUACGAAAAGUCCAAGACCAGAUUACUAAAUGUGAAUGAGCAAUUGUUGAAGAAUAAGAAUAAAACUUCAGAAAUUCGUCAGGAAAUCGAUGAAAAAAGGAAGAGUGGACAGAACGUAGCAUUAUUUAUAGCUAUGAAAAAAUCACAAGAUAAUUUAAAACAAAUUGAAAAUCAGCUAGAAGAAAUUGAAAAACUGAAUUUUGUUGAAAGGUAA